GUACAAUAAAAUAUUUCUUAUGAGUAGAUGGAGGGAAACGAUGACGCUUGGUUGCUCUAUAGAAUAUGAGUAGUUGCAGAAUGGAGAAACACACAGCCUUGAAGAGCUCCCUUUUACUCCAACAACGCCACAAACCCUUUUCCAAAGAAACCUCCCAUUUUGGGCUUUCUCUCCAAUCCUACCUCACAGUCUGAAGAGGCUUAACACUGGAGUGAAGUAAAGAAACUUAUGAUCACAUCUUUCCCUGGACCUAGGUCGUGCAACUUUUUUUAGCGGGAGUCCAUUUGAUCAUUUUGAAUAGAACGGCAAAGCUUAUGCUUCUUACCAGGCCAGCAAUGCUUGCAUUUUCCCAGACUUUGUUUUGACUUUAGUAAUCUCAGGAGAAUUUUAGGACAAUGAACUGCGUUUUAGCGCUGCCUGCCCAGAAAGAACGAAAUGUGAUCGAAUCGGAAAGGAAGAGAGGGUCCAAGAAACGUAAGCCUCAUCAAGGUGACAUCGAGGAGAAGGUUGGUUCUGAUUUGUAUUCUUAUGGAUGUGACAUUGGAUUUGUAGGAGAUAAGUUGCUGUCAGAUGGAAAGAUUCAAUCCAAGCAAAAGAUGAAGAAAACAGUUGAAGAUGAGCAGCAGGAAAAUGCAAAUGACACUGAAGCCAGUAAAUUCAUACUCAAGAGGAGUGAGCCUCACAUUUACAGCAGGGAGAAGAUUGAUCAAGAAUUGUGCAGUUAUGGCUGUGGUAUUGGAUUUGUUGAAGAUAAGCUGCUAGUAGAGGGAAACAUUAAAUCCAAGGACAAGAAGAAGAAAAAGAAGAAAGUGGUUGACCAUAAGCUGCAGGAGGAUGACUUUGCCCUUGGUUGUAUUGAUGAUAAACUCUUGGUGGAUGGAAUGAUUAAAUCCAAGGAAAAGAGGAAGAAGAAAUUUGCUGAUAAUAAGCUGCAGAAGAAUGGUGGUGAUACCAAAACCAGUAACUUCAUACUCAAGAAGCGUGAGCCUCAAGGUGACAACAGAGAGAUGAUUGAUCCAGAUUCACGUUUUUAUGGCUCUGAACUUGGAUUUGUUAAAGAUAUUUUGCUGGUUGAUGAAAAGAUUAAAUCCAAGGAAAAGAAUAAGAGGAAAAAAACUGUCAAGGAUGAUGAUGCUGAAACCAGUAAAUUCAUACUCAAGAUGUGUGGGCCUCAAGGUGUCAAUAGGGAGAAGGUUGAUGUUGAAUUGUGCUGUUAUGGUAGUGAAGGGAAUGUAGGUGAAAUUGCUACUGAAAAGAUGGAAUCAGAAAGGAAGAGAAGGUCCAGGAAGCGUAAGCCUCGUCAAGUUGACAUUGAGGAGAAUAGUGGUCCUGAUCUAUGUUCUUCUGGAUCUGAAAUUGUAUUUGUUGGAGAUAAGCUGCUGUCAGAUGGAAAGGUUAAAUCCAAGCAAAAGAAGAAAAAAACAGUUGAAGAUGAGCAGCGGGAGAAUGGUGAUGAGACUAAAACCAGUAAACUCAUACUAAAGAGGCGUGAUCCUCAGAUCGACAGCAGGGAGAAGAUUGACCCGGAAUUGUGCAGUUAUGGCUGUGGUAUUGGAUUUGUUGAAGAUAAGCUGCUAGAAGACGGAAACAUUAAAUCCAAGAAGAAGAAGAAGAAGAAGAAGAAGAAGAAAGUGGUUGACCAUAAGCUCCAGGAGGAUGAAUUUGCCCAUGGCUUUGUUGAUGAUAAACUCUUGGUGGAUGGAAUGAUUAAAUCCAAGGAAAAGAGGAAGAAGAAAUUUGUUGAUAAUAAGCUGCAGAAGAAGGGUGAUGAUAGCGAAACCAGUAACUUCAUACUCAAGAAGCGUGAGCCUCAAGGUGACAACAGAGAGAUGAUUGAUCCGGAUUCACGUUUUUAUGGCUCUGAAAUUGGAUUUGUUGAAGAUAAUUUGGUGUUAGAUGGAAAAAUUAAAUUAAAGGAAAAGAAUAAGAGGAAAAAAACUGUCAAGGAUGAUGAUGCUGAAACCAGUAAAUUCGUACUCAAGAUGUGUGAACCUCAAGGUGACAAUGGGGAGAAGAUUGAUGUUGAAUUGUGCUGUUAUGGUGGUGCAGGGAAUGUUGGUGAACUUGAUACUGAAAAGAUGGAAUCGGAACAGAAGAAAAGGUUGAAGAAGCGUAAGCCUCAUCAAGGUGACAUUGAGGAAAAUAGUGGUCCUGAUUUGUGUUCUUCUGCAUGUGAAAUCGUAUUUGUUGGAGAUAAGCUGCUGUCCGAUGGAAAGAUUAAAUCCAAGCAAAAGAAGAAAAAAACAGUUGAAGAAGAGCUUGAUGAUGAGACUGAAACCCGUAAGUUCAUACUCAAGAGGCGUGAGAAGAUUGGUCCGGAAUUGUGCAGUUAUGGCGGUGGCAUUGAAUUUGUUGAAGAUAAGCUGCUAGUAGAGGGAAACAUUAAAUCUAAGGACAAGAAGAAGAAGAAGAAAGUGGUUGACCAUAAGCUGCAGCAGGAUGACUUAGCCCUUUGUUUUGUUGAUGAUAAGCUCUUGGUGGAUGGAAUGAUUAAAUCCAAGGAAAAGAGGAAGAAGAAAUAUGCUGAUAAUAAGCGGCAAAAGAAUGGUGAUCAUACCGAAACCCAUAACUUCAUACUCAAGAAGCGUGAGCCUCAAGGUGACAACAGAGGGAUUAUUGAUCCUGAUUCAGGAUUUUAUGGCUCUGAAUUUGGAUUUGUUGAGGAUGAUUUGCUUGUAGAUGGAAAGAUUAAAUCCAAGGAAAAGAAUAAGAGGAAAAAAACAGUCAAGGAUAAGCUGAGUGAGAAUUGUGAUGAUGCUGAAACCAGUAAAUUCAUACUCAAGAAGCGCGAGCCUCAGAGUGACUACAGGGAAAAUAUUGAUCUAGAAAAUAAUCUGCAAAUGAAUGGAAAUGACACAAAUGCUUAUGUUAAUCCCAAGAAAUUAAAAAAAAAUCUUUCUGCUUCUGAGAAGUGGGAUGAGGCUUACAAAAGAAAAACUCCUGAUAAUACAUGGAAGCCUCCACGGUCUGAGACUGUUCUCAUUCAAGAGGAUCAUGCUCAUGACCCUUGGAGGGUGUUGGUCAUUUGUAUGCUUCUCAACCGGACUUCUGGGAGACAGACAAAAGAGAUUGUGUUAGACUUCUUCAAGUUAUGUCCGGAUGCAAAGUCUUGCACAGAAGUUGCAACCGAUGAAAUAGAAGAGACAAUAAGGACGCUAGGUUUGCAACACAAAAGAGCAAAAAUGUUACAACGUCUAUCUGAGGAAUACUUGGACGAAAGCUGGACUCACGUAACUCAAUUGCAUGGGGUUGGGAAGUAUGCAGCAGAUGCAUAUGCUAUAUUUGUUAAUGGGAAGUGGGAUAGAGUGACACCUACAGAUCACAUGUUGAACUAUUAUUGGGAAUUCCUCCGUAGAAUCUAUCAAGCAUGAAUUGGAAUGAAAUUUCUAAUUUUGCUGUUUUUUCUGUCUUUUCUUUUCGUAUCAGUUAGAAGAGGGUUUUCCCUCUCUUUAUGGAACUACAAGUCUAAGUUUCCAAAUUGUAAUGUUUUGAGGAACAAUGUUCUAAAUAUGACCUACAACAUUUUGCAUAGGACUUUUUAUUUUACAGAUAACUAUGUAUGCACAUCACUGGUGCUAAAUUGACGAAAUUUAGUUUCCUUUUGGAUCAUGUUAUUUUUCAUUUUAAAAUGUACAAAAUUAUGCUUCUUAA